AUGCCUAGUGCUAAAAAUCAGUUAUCAUCAUCUCCAGCAACAAAUGAAGCCAAAGGUGAACAAAAGUCACUUGUCUUUGACGCAUCUUUUCUCCGAAACCAAUCCGACAUUCCCUAUGAGUUCAUAUGGCCUGAUGAGGAAAAGCCUUGUCCUGAACCUCCCCCAGUGCUUCAUGUGCCUUGUAUAGAUUUGAAUGGCUUCCUCUCUGGGGACCCUGUCGCUCUCUCUACCACAACUAAGCUAGUAAAGCAGGCAUGUCUUGAACAUGGUUUCUUUCUUGUGGUUAAUCAUGGGAUGGACUUGCAACUCCUAAAAGUAGCCCACAAGUGCUUGGAUUUCUUCUUUGACAGGCCACUACAAGAAAAACAAAGAGUCCAGAGAAAACUUGGGGAUCAUUGUGGUUAUGCUAGCAGCUUCACUAAUAGGUUCUCCUCCAAACUUCCAUGGAAAGAAACGCUCUCGUUUCGAUAUUGUGAUGAUGGUCAGCAAGCCCUUAACAUUGUCGAAAGCUACUUCUUGGAUGCAAUGGGUGAAGAUUUUAGAGAAUCUGGGAAGGUGUUCCAAAAGUACAGUGAAGCCAUGAGCAGUCUAUCUCUUAAAAUUAUGGAGCUUCUGGGAACCAGUCUUGGAGUAAAAGCGAAACAUUUCAGAGAAUUCUUUACAAGAAAUGAUUCAAUAAUGAGAUUAAACUACUAUCCUCCAUGCCAAAAACCUGAUCUAACUCUUGGAACAGGUCCUCAUACCGACCCUACAUCCUUAACAAUUCUUCAUCAGGAUCAUGUUGGAGGCCUUGAAGUGUAUGUCAAUGGAAAAUGGCACUCUGUUCCUCCUAACCCUGAGGCUUUCGUUGUCAAUAUUGGCGACACAUUCAUGGCUCUUUCAAAUGGAAUCUACAAAAGUUGCUUGCAUAGGGCUAUUGUGAACUCUCGAACUCCAAGAAAAUCUAUUGCAUUUUUCCUGUGUCCCAAAAUGGAUAAGGUUGUAAGCCCCCCGGAAGAAUUGGUAUCUUUUGAUAAUCCAAGGAUGUUUCCAGAUUUUACAUGGUCAGAGCUGCUUGAAUUCACUCAGAAACAUUACAGAUCUGAUAUGAAAACCCUGGACGCUUUUGCGAAAUGGCUGAUACACCAAAGGGAUGAUCAAAAAAUGGCUGCGUAAUUAGUCAAGCCAAAUAUUUUGCAAACAAAAUCAAGCGUGUUAGACUUAAGAAUUCUAGGUGAAGGUGACAGGAAAUUU